AUGUUUAUGAUCAAGAACGUUAGCAAAUACCUCUUCGGAGACACCUCGAAAGAAGUCAUCACAGAGAUACCCCAAGGCCAGCUCUAUCUCGUCCGACCCCUAUCACCCAAGGGUUACUCCGAACUCAUCUACAAAGACGCUGUCGCAACCAUAAGGCGUACAGGACAGGAAUUCCAGUAUCAGCUCGUUGUGCAGCGUGCCUAUGAGGAGGGUGAAGAGGAGCUUGCCGAAGACGACGAGGACGCAGGUGUCGAAGGGAUCGAUAAGGACGAGAAGACUUUCUUGCUUGAUCAGAGUCUUCACUUCAGAUCCGAAAAGCGAUCUGGAGGUGAAACUGUGCUGGCUUGGCGCGACUUAAGCGGUGACGUUGGAGACCUCUAUGAGUUCGUCUGCGACGCGUCGGUACAGGAAGAAAAGAUACAGACAUUCCUUCUAGCCGCUAUCGAUUGCCAGUUUGAACGGAAGUACAGGCGAUCUGCUCAGAAGGCUACAGAAUCAGAACUCCACGAAUUUUACUUUGACUCGGACGACGCAAUCCCCGCCGCGAGCUCAGUAUCCGCGCCAAUUGACCAGAAGCCUACUCAGAAAGAAACAACCGAAAGAAUGGCCAAAGAUGUCAGAACACCCAAGAAGUCGAACAUCUCCAAGCCUAAAGAAACAAGGCCGACGGAAGCGCCGCCAGCCAAAUCUGCACCAGCUUCUGGUGAAGUCCUGACCACCCAGGCUGGAGAGCUCCAUCUUUUCGACUUCCCUUCAGGCACUUUCAUUCUCCAAGAUUCAUCUGUUGUGGCUGUGGUGACCGACCUCGGAAAGUGGAGGUACUGGCUACAGAUAACGAGCAGUGGUGGCAAGGAGUGGUUGGGCCAGGCUAUCGUCCCUGAUAUCAAUCCGGUCUUCAACUUCGAUUACCUGUCGGCAAUCUUUAACCACUACACCGAUGAUGGCUCCGCUUAUUCUUGGUUGCUGCGCUUCAAAGACCAAGCUACCCUGGAGCAGUUCCAAGAGGGCGUCAUGCAAGCGCUGUGGGAGCAACUGAAUGAGAUGAAAUGGUCCAAGGUGAAAGAUCAGGAAAGAGAAUACGUGCUCGAAGCCUUCAAUGACUUGACGAUGGACGAUGCGAAAGAAGCAGAACAGGCCGAGGAGGAUGAGGAGGACGAGGAAGAGUCCGACUCGGAAGGUCGUCCCCAGAGUGAGCACUACGACGAAGACGAAUCAGAGGAUGACGUUGAGUUGGACAACAAGGAUGGCAAUGUCAAUUCACAACUGGCGGUGGGCACUAAACACGAUCGGUCCUUCGUCAUCCGAGGUUCCAAGAUCGGCGUCUUCAAGCACCUACCCAACAAACACCUCGAAUUCACCACAAACAUAUCCAAAGUCGAGACACCGAAGGGACGUUUGUUUUCGCCCAGCAAGGUCAUGCUGCAUUCAGAAGACCAAAAUAUGGUGCUUCAAGACCCCAACAAUCCCAAUUCCUUAUAUCGCAUGGAUCUGGAAUACGGCAAGAUCGUCGACGAAUGGAAAGUUCACGACGACAUUCCUGUGACCAACUUUGCACCAGAAACAAAGUUCGCUCAACAGACUUCGGCUCAACCGUUCAUUGGGCACAGCGCGAAUGCGCUCUUCCGCAUCGACCCCCGUGUAUCGGGCAACAAGCUGGUGGAAGCACAGUUGAAGCAAUACCUAUCAAAGAAUGACUUCUCUGCGGCCGCCACGACGGAGAAAGGCUACAUUGCCUUGGCCUCCAACAAAGGCGACGUUCGUCUCUACGACCGUCUCGGCAUAAACGCAAAGACUCAGAUCCCAGCCCUUGGUGAAUCCAUCGUUGGCUUAGACGUCAGCGCAGAUGGUCGCUGGAUCCUCGGCACCUGCAAGACCUACCUCAUAUUGAUCGACAAUCUUCAAAAAGAAGGCAAGAACGAAGGCAAACUAGGGUUCGAGAAGGCCUUCGCCAAGGACUCGAAACCUCAGCCACGUCGCCUCGCCCUAAGUCCGAACCACGCUGCGCAAUUCCAGCAUGAAACCGGGCAGGGAAUUUCCUUCACCCGUGCUCACUUUAACACCGGCCCCGACAUCCAAGAAACUAGCAUCAUCACGUCCACGGGGCCUUUCCUCGUCACCUGGUCGCUCAAGAAAGUGCUCCAAGGCCAAAAGGAUCCCUACCAGAUCAAGCGAUAUGCGGCGGAGGUCAAGGCUGAUAACUUCGAAUUUGGCAGUGAUAAAAAUGUCAUUCUGGCUCUGCCCAACGAAGUGGACAUGGUGAGCCGGAAGAGUUUCAAGAAGCCAACAAGGGAAAGUAUCAUGGGUGCGCCGGCCAGGGUGUCUGGGGUGGGGAUGACGCCUAGACGAGGUGGAAGGCAGAGCCAUUUGAGGGAUGAGAUUGUGAAUAGUCCUUACUAG